GGAUGGAAGUUGAUUUGUUGCAGGAAAUGAGAUUGAAGGAAAUUAAAGCAAGGCAGUAAGCUCAAGAGGAACUGGCGAAGGUAAGGGAGAAGCAGCUAGAGGACGAGCGCGAGAUGGAUAGAUUGCGCGAACGCAUGAGGGAACUGGAAUUUGAGAAAAGGAAACGAGGGCCAGUGACGAAUCUGAAGCCGCAGUUGGAUGAGGCGGCAGGGGUCUCCAUGCGAAAGACCGAUACUAGGGCUAACAAGUUGGUUAGUCCGACUAUGGAAGGUGGGGAGAGGGAGAAGUUCCUAAAGAAAGUCAGGAAGGACCUGAAGAAUCUUCGGAAAGAAGAAGUGCGGGGUAUCUGCGAAAAGGAGGGGAUCACGUACGACAAGUUGGACGUUAUGAAGGAAGAGAUUGCUCAGUUACGUACAACACGGGAAUUCAAGGAUUGCAAAGGUAAAGGUAAGCAGGCGGCAGUACAUGAAGUAUCGGAAGACGGGGUAAGCGAAGCAGGUGCCGAUGGUGACUCGGCAACUUCGUAAGUUUGAUCCCGAGCGUGACCGAUCUUUGGAGGUUAAUCAACUGUUCUUGUAAGC